AUUUCAAUUUUCCUAAAAAAAGUUUGAUGCUACGGCAGAACUGAUUUCUAUUACUGUUAAAUUAUUAUCAAAGAAAUAUAUUAACAUUAUAAAAAUAAACUUAAUUAAAAAUCAAAAACAUGGCAUCAACGUCCAAGGAUAGUGUACCCGACGGAGAUAAGGUAGCGGGUAAUUUAGGGGAUGAUCUCGAACCAGGUGCUUGCAGUGAUUCCAUCCUGAAUCCUGAGGAUUCGUUUGAGGAAUUUGCAUCCGAGUUGACUCCAAACCUUCAGGAACGUAAUAUUCUCACAGCAAAAUCAAGCACAAUAAGUGAAAUUCAAAGUGAGAUUGGUGAAUGUUCGCAGUUACACGGGACUAAAUCCAGUGAUAAUUUACAGAGUAAAGAUGAAUCAAUAUCAGCAUCUACAAGUUCAUCUAAUCUUCUAGAACAAAAUGGUGAUGAAGCCGAUGAUAAGGAUGAUUAUCUUCAUUCACCAGAACUUGUUAACAAAGAAAAACAUGUAUUUAUUUUAAGCUCAGCCGGUAAACCUAUUUACUCAAGAUAUGGCAAUGAAGACAAAUUAGCUGGACUAUGUGGAGUUAUCCAAGCUCUAGUUAGUGUGGUUGAAGAACAGAACCAAGAUAUAUUGAGAUCGAUCAGCACUAAGGAUUGUAAAGUAGUAUUUUUAAUGAAAGGACCUUUAAUACUGGUUGCUGUUUCUAAAUCCAAUGAAAGUGAGACACAGCUUGUCAUGCAACUAACAUAUGCCUUCAACCAAAUAGUAUCAGUGCUAACACUGACACAGCUGAACAGAAUAUUCGAACAGCGGCGUAACUACGAUCUACGACGUCUCCUGUCUGGCGCUGAAAGAUUGAUAGAUCAUUUGUUGAUAUUCAUGGAGAAAGAUCCGGCGUUUCUCCUCGGUGCAGUCAGAUGUCUGCCACUACCAGAGAAAUCAAGGGAAAAUAUCACGAAUGCCAUAACAUCUACAUGUAAUAAAAUAAGAGAUUUGGUAUUCGCUAUAUUACUAGCUGGUAACCAGCUGAUAACUCUUGUCAGAAUGAAGAAGUACACUUUGCAUCCGUCCGACAUACAUCUGUUGUUCAAUCUCGUUAGAAGCUCGGAAUCGUUUAAAACAGCUGAGAGUUGGACGCCCAUUUGUUUGCCGAAAUUUGAUGCUACUGGCUUCCUGCAUGGGCAUGUAUCAUAUAUUUCCGAAGAUUGCCAAGCUUGCCUCUUACUUUUAACCGUCCAAAGAGACGCUUUUUUCCCAUUAUCUCAAGCAAAACAUACGAUUGCAGACAAAUUGAGACGUUCCAACUGUUUGGUUGCUAUUAACGACGCAUUGAACAGAAAUAAGGAACUACCCACAACAAAUCCUCUCAAACAUAUUGGUAUACCAGAAAUUAGGCAUUUCAUGUACAAAUGCAAGUCAACAGCCCAACUUUUCACAUCGGAUCCCAUAUGUCUGGAUAAAUUACAGGAUUAUAGACUUAGACAUAAGGAAGGUGGUGAUAUUAUGGAGAAGAAAAUUACCAAGUUAUCUGAUAUAGAGCAUGUUAGGAAGUAUAGGAAGUUCUGUAGUCAAAUACAUUGUACAUCAACGCCAGCGAAAUUAAUUUUCAGGUCGAAUUCAGACGAUACUAUUUUGGCAUGGAUAACAAACGGCUUUGAAUUAUAUGUUACAUUUGAUGCCCUGAUGGAAAAAGACCAAGCAAUUAGAGCGAUAGACCGUCUUCUACAUUGGAUUAAGAGGGAAGAAGAAAGGAUAUUUAUAAUGAAUGCACCAACGUUCUAGCCAAAACUAACUCUCAGUAGUAUAAUAAAAAAUACUAUGAGCAGACACAGUAAUGAUAAUUGAUUGUGAACAAUGACUGAAUUGUAUUUGUUUGCCAAAUUGUAUGAUAGAUCUAAUUUGGCUGAAGUACUAAUGUAUUCGUACAUUGAUAUUACUUAAUGAUCUGGGAUUUUGUUGUGCCCUUGUCCUAUAUGUCCAUAUAAAUUUUAAUAGCGUAAGACUCAAAAAGAUGCGAUUUUAUUAUAUCAUAAACAAAAAAUUAUAAUAUUUCUGAACAUAAUUAUUAUUAGUAAAACAGGUCACUCACAGAUUAAGCAUAAUACAGAUUAUAUUAAAAUGUUAGGAUGUAGAUAAAAAAUAUUCUCAAAAUUAAUAUUAUCACUUCAUUUAAACCAAUGAAAAUAUCAUAUAUGUAUAUUGUUAGCUAUAAAUCUGUGUUAUUUAUAUAUGCAAAUAAAUUAUUAACUAUACUUUAAUUCCUUUCGCUGUCUGUGAUCUAGUUUUUAAUGGUAAUAAAAAUAUAGUUAGGUGAUAUAAUUUAAAAAAGUAUUCCAUACAAUUGGCCAAGUCUAUGUUAUUUUAGAGAAAAAUCAUUCAUAUAUUUUGAUAUCGAAAUUUGUCUCAAUGAGGUAAUAAUGAAAUGUGUACUAAAUAAAUUAUGUAAUAAUUAAUCUAUUUAUAACCUUAGCCUUUUUUGUUUAUAUUUCAAUUAAGAUGAUGUUUUUUAUAAAAUUUUAAAAUGUGAAUGAUUUGUUUAUAUGGUCAUGAAUUUAUUUUUAAUUUUGUUUCAAUUUAUAUACAAAAAAUGUAGAUAAAAAUAUAUGUAUAUUGAGAUUUUUAACAAAAUGUUUCUGUAAAUAAAAUUAGCAAUAAA